AUGAGUACAGUGUUUGGAGAAGAUCGUCAGUAUGACUUUGAAGGAUUUCAUGACAACAGCGUCCAUGACCAACAUCAUCAUAGUCAUCACAAUGCUAUAGUCGAUCAAACUAAUGAAAAUACCAGCGGUUUAGUCGAUGGACAAGAAGGUGAAGAAGGACAAGAAGUUUGCGAACAUGCAUGUGCAUACUGUGGUGUAGAUACACCCAAUGCAGUUAUCAAGUGUAACACAUGUAACAAGUGGUUCUGUAAUGAUAAAACAAACUCGUCGAGCUCGCAUAUAGUGACUCAUUUGGUAAUGUCUCGUCAUAAUCAAGUUAGUUUGCAUGAAGAAUCUGACCUUGGUGAAACUACAUUGGAAUGUUACAAUUGUGGAAACAAAAAUGUAUUCAUGUUGGGGUUUGUCUCUGCGAAACAGGAAUCCGUGGUUGUAAUCUUGUGUCGUUUGCCAUGUGCAAGAUCUAAGGAUAUAAAUUGGGACACUAGCCACUGGCAAUCGCUCAUUGAGGAUCGUCAAUUUCUAUCCUGGUUGGCUCCUCCACCAGGUGAAGAAGGUUUGAUUAAUGCAAGACAAGUUACUCCGCAACAAAUUUCCAAAUUAGAGGCACAAUGGAGACUAAACAGGGAUGCCACAAUAAACGAUGUUAACAACAAUGAUGUUCAAGAGGAGGAGGUAUUGCCAAUCUUGAUGAGAUACAAUGAUGGAUUCCAAUAUCAAAGAUCUUUUGGUCCUUUGGUCAAGUUGGAGGCUGAUUAUGAUAAGAACUUGAAGGAAUCGCAAGCUUUAGAACAUAUUCAAGUCAAAUGGGCAUUGGGAUUGAACAAUAGACAUUUGGCCAGCUUUACCCUCAUGACUUAUGAAACUACCAAUUUAAAAGUUGCUGUUGGUGAUGAGAUUAUCUUGAGAUACAAUGGAAGCCAACAGGAACCAUGGGAAGGUUCUGGUUUCAUUUUGAGAUUGCCCAACUCGUAUCAAGAGGAAUUCACUUUGGAGCUUAAUCCAUCCAAAAUUCCACCACCUACAAACUUGACCAAUGGCUUUACUGCAGAGUUUGUUUGGAAAGGAACUUCGUAUGACCGUAUGCAACAGGCAAUGAAGGAUUUUGCAACCGAUGAAGAGUCUGUCUCGUCCUACAUCUAUCACAAGCUAUUGGGUCAUGAUGUUGCACCUAUCGAAUUCGAUAUUACGUUGCCAAAGAAAUUUUCACACCCCAAAUUGACGGAGUUGAAUAUUUCGCAAACAAAUGCCGUAAGAUCAGUUUUGCAAAGACCAUUGUCUUUGAUUCAGGGUCCUCCAGGUACGGGUAAAACGGUUACUUCGGCAACAAUUAUUUAUCACUUGUCACGCUCGAACAAGGAAAAAAUACUAGUUUGUGCUCCAUCUAAUGUUGCAGUUGAUCAUUUGGCCGCUAAGUUGGAUACCUUGGGGUUGAAGGUCGUGCGUCUUACUGCAAAGUCACGUGAAGAUGUGGAAAGUUCGGUAGGUCAUCUUGCAUUGCACAACAUUGUUAGCAAGACUGCAAAGGGUGAAUUGAAGAAGUUGUUGAAGUUGAAGAACGAAGUUGGUGAAUUAUCAAUGGAGGAUUCCAAGAGUUUUAUUAGAAAUUUACGAACAUCUGAGUUGAAGAUCUUGAGCAAAGCCGAUGUUGUUUGUUGUACUUGUGUUGGUGCUGCCGAUAAGAGAUUGGCACAAUUCAAGUUUAGAACUGUGUUGAUUGAUGAAAGUACACAAGCAUCAGAGCCCGAAGUAUUGAUUCCUAUUGUGAAAGGAGCUAAGCAAGUGAUACUUGUUGGAGACCAUCAACAGUUGGGUCCUGUUAUUUUGGACAGAAAGGCUGCUGAUGCUGGUUUGAAGCAGUCCUUGUUUGAAAGGUUGGUUUUCCUUGGCCAUGUUCCUAUUAGGUUGGAGGUUCAGUAUAGGAUGCAUCCAUGUUUGUCUGAAUUCCCAAGUAAUAUGUUUUAUGAAGGCUCGCUUCAAAAUGGUGUUACCAGUAAGGAUAGAUUGGUUGAAGAGGCAAUGUUUCCAUGGCCAGUUCUUGAUACACCAAUGAUGUUUUGGGCCAAUUAUGGUAGAGAAGAGUUGAGUGGAAGUGGAAACUCUUAUUUGAAUAGAGUUGAGGCAAUGAAUGUGGAGAGGAUCAUCACAAGAUUAUUCAAGGAUGGAAUCAAGCCCGAACAAAUUGGUGUUAUAACUCCGUAUGAAGGCCAGCGUGCAUAUUUGGUACAGUUUAUGUCUAUAAACUCUACUAUAUUGGAUAAACGUGAUCAGUAUUUGGAAGUGGAAAUCACCAGUGUUGAUGCUUUCCAAGGCCGUGAGAAGGAUUUCAUCAUUUUGAGUUGUGUUCGUGCCAACGAUUCGCAAAGUAUCGGGUUUUUGAGUGAUCCAAGAAGAUUAAAUGUUGCCUUAACAAGAGCCAAGUAUGGUUUGCUUAUUCUCGGAAAUCCCAGAGCAUUGUGUCGUAACAAGUUAUGGAAUCAUUUGUUGAUUCAUUUCCGUGAAAAGGGAUGUUUGGUUGAUGGGCCUUUGGAUAAUUUGCAGUUGUCAAUGGUUCAAUUGAAUAAUUAUGCGCCAAGAAAUGUCAAACCAGGUCAGAAGAAGGUGCCUUUUGCCGCACCCCAAACGAGUGCAUUCUCAUCAGCUACUUUGGAUAGUGCAAGCAUGGUGGCAUAUGAAGAUGGAGCUGCUCCUUUGAGUGCGUAUGGAGGCUCGAGGAACUUAGAAGCUCAACGUCAACAGAAUCUUCGGGACGAAUUGUGGCCAGCAUUGAAUAAUGAGCUGAAUUACUAUAAUGAUUCAAAUUCCAUUAGUGCCAAUUUCUACAGCAAAUUGAACAAGCUAGACAAAAAGUUUGAGGGAGCCAGGUAUAAUGGCGAGAAUAUUGAGGAUGAUAUUAGAAGUAUUACAAGUUCAUUUGCAGCCGGAUUGAAUUUUUAA